CCGCUAAUCGAAAACGAAGAAGACCGUGAGUCAGUCCAUUCGACAGCUUGUCAAAUGCGAAAACCGCAGAGUAGUGUGUAGAAUAGGCGUGUUUUUUUUAUGUGAAAUGGAAGCUUACGAAGUUAUUGUCAACCAACCCGUAGUGAUAGACAACGGGACCGGCGUGAUCAAGGCUGGUUUCGCGGGCGACCAAAUCCCCAAAUGCAGAUUUCCCAACUAUGUGGGUCGACCGAAACACGUCCGGGUAAUGGCGGGGGCACUCGAGGGCGAUAUUUUUAUAGGGCCAAAAGCGGAGGAGCACAGAGGUUUGUUGUCGAUAAAGUACCCGAUGGAGCACGGCAUAGUAACGGAUUGGAAUGAUAUGGAGAAAAUCUGGAGCUACAUCUACAGCAAAGACCAGCUAAACACAUUUUCUGAAGAGCAUCCAGUUUUGUUGACAGAAGCUCCCCUAAACCCGAGGCCUAACAGGGAGAAAGCGGCCGAAAUUAUGUUUGAAACGUUCAACGUCCCCGCCCUCUUCAUUUCCAUGCAAGCUGUACUUAGUUUAUAUUCUACGGGUCGGACGACCGGUGUAGUGCUCGACUCGGGUGACGGCGUCACACACUCUGUACCCAUUUACGAAGGAUUCGCGCUGCCCCAUAGCAUAAUGCGAUCUGACAUAGCGGGUCGGGAUGUUUCCCGCUAUCUCCGACUGUUGCUUCGGAAAGAGGGAAUCAUUUUCCGGACAACAGCCGAAUUCGAGUCAGUACGGACCCUCAAGGAGAAGGCCUGUUAUCUCUCUAGUAACCCCGCCAAAGAGGAGUCUGUUGACACAGAACAAAUCAACUAUACAUUGCCAGACGGUAGCAUAAUCAAAGUGGGGCCCGCCCGUUUUCGGGCGCCCGAGAUAUUGUUUAAGCCGGAUUUAAUUGGUGAGGAAUGUGAGGGACUGCAUGAGGUGCUCAUGUAUUCUAUUCAAAAGUCUGACUUGGACCUGCGAAAGGUGUUGUUCAAAAACAUCGUUUUGUCAGGCGGUUCGACUUUAUUCCGGGGCUUUGGCGACCGACUGUUGUCGGAAAUUAAAAAAAUGUGCCCCAAAGAGAUCCAAAUUAAAAUCUCGGCCCCACAAGAACGACUGUACUCGACAUGGAUCGGAGGAUCGAUUCUCGCAUCGCUCGACACAUUUAAAAAGAUGUGGGUGUCGAAGCGAGAGUUCGAUGAGGAGGGUCAACGCGCGAUUCAUAGGAAAACAUUUUAGUUUUAUUAGAAAAAUUUUCCAGGUGAUUUUUUGGUGACUUAACAUCCCAGUUAUGUUUGUGUUAAUCUUAUUUAUUUGCUGCUAAGAGCGUGAUGGCGGCGAACAGUGUAAAGUGCAGUUGAAUGAUCUUAUAUAGCUAUAAUUUUUCUACGAAAGUGUAUAGAUUUAAUCAGGCACAAAAUAACAUAUUAUUGCAGCUUAGAAAGAGAUGUUUUUUUUUACCUUUUAUU